UUCAGAACGAACGGAUGCGUCUCUCCCGUUCAAAAAAACAUAGAAAAAACCUUUAAAAAACCCUGUUUAAUACACGUAUUUUAUUAUACAUUAAUUUUCUAAUACAUUUCAGUGUUUUUACAGUGCAAUAUUGUGUUUAAAAGUGUGUAUUUCAAGCGGUUUUCUGUGCAAUUUGUUACUUCAAUAUGGCGUUUCAUAGCUGAAAUGAACGCGUUUUCAGUGGUGUUUUCGGGUGUGGAUCGCUGAAAAUCGGUAGUACCCGAAUAAUCUUCGCUUCAGCGUCUAAGAGAUUUCAAAGAGAACUUCAAAAACCAAAAACUGGCAUCUGCAAAGAGAUGAGGAGUAAGGCUGGGCCGGGACGUGGUUGACACUAUGGAGAUGUACUGGGUGCUGCUCGCUGCAGUCUUCAUCGCUGCUCAGGCGCAGAAUAAUCGGAAUGACGGCCCUCGAUUCCUGUCGAGAGGGCACUCGUUCAGGACAGUAGUAGGAGACACACUGCUGCUACCAUGCCAAGUACAAAACUUGGGUUCCUUAGUCCUUCUCUGGCGGAGAGGCCCAGCUGUGCUGACUGCGGCCAGUCUCAUGGUGACCAGAGAUGAAAGGUUUCGGCUCGUCGACGGGUACAAUCUGCAGAUCACUGAUGUGGGGCCACAGGAUGCUGGAGACUACGUGUGUCAGAUCUCUGACCGUGUAGCGAGAGACCAGGUGCACACAGUGGAGGUACUGGUCCCUCCGAGCGUGAGGGCCUCACCAGAGUCUCGCCAUGCUGCCGCGAGGAGAGGGGGCGCUGCUGUGCUGGAGUGUCGAGCUGCUGGGAACCCCGUACCAACUGUCACUUGGCAUAAACUUGUGAUUCCUGUUUUCCAGAAUGAUACGAACACAAGACUAGGGGAGGGCCCACAGUUGCAACUAUCGAGACUAGAGAGGGGACACAGUGGUCGAUAUGCUUGCACUGUCGAUAACGGCGUGGGCGCACCUCUAGUCGCUGAAUUCCAGCUGCAAGUUCUAUAUCCACCGGAGAUAACAGUGGAGAGAUCGUGGGUCCAUACGGGCGAGGGGUUCAGAGCUGAACUGCUGUGUACAGUGCUAGCAGACCCACCAGCAGAGGUGACCUGGUACCAAAACUCUUUCCCUCUGAGUGCCUCCGAGAGGGUCACAAUGUCCGCCCGAGGGAACAACCACACCCUCCUCAUUGCGAAUGUCCAGCCUGAAGAUUUUGGAAACUACAGCUGUGUGGCAGACAACAGCCUGGGUCGUGCCCGCCAACACGUGGAAGUGUCAGGGCGGCCCGGGCCCGCCCGCUUCACGUCCGCGCCGCUCGCUCGCGCGCAUACGCGGUACCUGCUCGCGUUCGCUGUCGACAGCUACCCUCCAUUGGACGAGCUGAGGCUUCUCUAUCGACAGUUGGCGAUCAACGAGUCGUUCCAGCAGCCUGGCAGGUGGCAUGAUGUGGUGAUCCCUGCGCCGGAGCCGGCCGGGUCUCUCACACACCGCGUCACUCAUGAACUCAGGGGUUUGCAGCCGGGAGCCGUGUAUGAGGCCAUCGUGCAAGCCAAGAACAGAUAUGGAUGGAACGAGGUCAGCGACAUCUUUCAGUUCCAUACCCUGGGCGGCACUCACACAGCUCACGCAGACGAACUAACACCAAUGUUCGCGGCGACGUCCCGGCCACGACUGGCAAGUUCUGUUCUCCUCGCCUUAAUAUAUACCCUGCGCCUCAUUUGAACCGACCAAUCAGCGAUCUCCGUUUUAAAUUUUUGACGUUUGUUUUCUUUUUUAAUCGUAUGACGAUGUGACACCAAAACUUUUUUAGUCGAUAAGCUUUUUAUAAGAGUUGUGACAAAAUGUGUUGACGCGGUUUAGUUAAUGUUUUGUAACUAAUUUUUUCAUGGUUUGCACGCGGUUUUUAAUGUUAUAGCUAAUACUGAAAACAGCGGAAUUCACAUACCUUUUAUAAUAAAAGAUUAAGUCUUAAGAAAAACAGUUAAAUCUUUAAGAUUUUUAGUCUAGUUUCAUUUAAUCGAAAGUCUACUGAUACUGACAAAAUUUGACAGCCAACUGAUAUUAAAAACCGCGCGCAAAUGAAAUUAAAGAUGGCGUUCAAUGAUGCUUAAAUUAAUGUUGCCAUACCUCGAAUCAUUCUACCAUUUUGUAAAAAAACGCAUAAAUCUUAGGAACGUUUGGAAUUUUUAUGUUUUAUAUUAUAUUUUGUGACUAUAAACGCACAUUUUAAAUUAAAUUAUUAUUUUUAAGUUGUAUAGUUGCUGGUAAUCUAUGUAAUUAGUAGUAAAAUUGUCUUUAAUACGAAGAUUUCUAACGAUUUUUAAAUUAAAAUUUGAAUUUUAAUAUAUCCGACUGCAAUUCAGUGUUAAAGUCAAAAUCAUUUAUUUCAAAUAGACCAGAAAGGCACAUUUGAACGUCAAAGCAAAUAUAAUUAUAUUGAUAACGUCUGUCUGUCGGUCAGUCCUCUAGUUGCUCUAUUUGCUCGUUCCAAAGUGUAGAUUCCUAUGGAGAAGAACGAGCAAGAAACUCCAUAGGUUACUCUUUUUCAAUCAGAUUCACAAUACAAUACUUGGUUACAUUACAAAUAUAAUUUUCCACUACUAGAGGUCGCUAAUGAGAUGCAAACUUUUUUGUCUAAUCAUCUUAGUUAUCACUAAGUUGACUGUCACACACAUCACAUUAACAGCCUAUAAGUGUCCACUGCUGACCAAAGCCCUCUUCUCACACGGAGGUUUGAGUAUUAAUCACCACGCUUGCUCAAUGCGGGUUGGCAAUUUCAAACUUAUAAUUAGAAAUUAUAAGCAAAGGUUUCCUCACGAUGUUUUCCUUCACCGUUUGUCAAUGGUGUCUAAAUAAUCUUAGAAAGUACAUAUAACUCAAAAAAAGACACAUUAGUACUUGCCGUUGGUAGGCUUCGCUCCCGUAUCCUCGGCGUCAUAAGUUGACUGCCUAGUGACUUGACAUCAGGAGUCUGUGUUUCCUGAUGGGUAUAACCUGGGUGUCUUCAAAGCCCGAGUGAAUAGGUUUCUUAUGGGCAGACGUGCUCCAUCGUAGACCGCAUCAUCACUUACCAUCAGGCGAGAUAGCGGCCAAACGUCGACCCAUCAUAUAUUAAAAAAAAACUUAAGCCACAUAUAUUGUAGCCUCCAGUAGGUAUCUCAAAACCCUCAUUAAAGUGUAUUUUUAUUGUUAAUUGUUAACUAGCGACCCGCCCCAGCUUCGCAUGGGUGCAAUGGUGAUAUAUUAUGCAUGUAUUAUACAUAUAAACCUUACUCUUGAAUCACUCUAUCUAUUAAAAAAAAACCGCAUCGAAAUCCCUUGCGUAGUUUUAAAGAUUUAGGCGUACAAAUGGACAUAGGGACAGAGAAAGUGACUUUGUUUUAUACUGUGUAGAAUCGUUAGAAAACUUCGUAUUAUCUCCUAUUUUUAAUUUAAAAACAUACCUUCUAAAUAAGAGAACCCAAAGAAAUCUAGUCGUAUCACGUUUUAAGUAUAAUUUCGCAUAAAACAUACGCUUUUUUAAUAUAUUAUAUAUAUGAUAUUAUAUGUUACUUAUAACAUAUAUAUAUUUGUAACAAACAAUAAUGAUAUUUUUACUCAUAACAUUACAGUUAUUGUAAAGUGAAUUUAUUAUUAAUAUGUAGAUUGUAAACUUAUUGGUAAGAAGAUACAGAAGGAAUUAAUGAAGCCAGAAGACUUCUGUGCCGGUGAUGAAUACCUUUUCAUAUAAAAGCGAAGCGUUUCUGGUAACAAUAUAAGUCGAAGGGUCUAAAUGUGUGAGAGAGCCAUGCUUCGGCACUGCUGGGCCGGCUCAACCGGAGUGAUACCACGGCCGAGCUGAAAACCGACGUGAAGCAACGCUUGCGUUGUGUGAGUGAGGUUACCGAAGGCCCAAUUCCCCCCUUCCCAAUCUUGCCAAUCCCCGAUUCCCCAACAACUCUUAAAUUUCUAACCCCCAAAAGGCAACGCACUUGUAACGCCUCUGGUGUUUCAAGUGUCCAAGGGCGGCGAUUGCUUAAAAUAAUAAUAAGUAGAAUACCGAUGCCAAAAAUCCAAGUGAAAGUGCUAUUGGCAAUCCGAUUGCUGAUACUCGCGUCGGCAAUCCGAGCGCUGCCGAUACAGUGGACGCAGUCUGAAAAAUUUAUCCUUUUGAUGCGAUCCGUCCGAUGCGUACGAUGCGGACCUGGGGCCUUAGUCUGCUAUUACAAUUGUAAACUGAGCAGUACGAGAGGGACGGAGCUAUGAAGGUUGCAUAGCUCUCUCGCACUGCUCUGUGGACUGUGGACGCUUCCCUUAUAUUGUUACCACUGAUGCUUAAAAACUAGUUUUCGCUAUGAUCAACAUCAAACCGUUUCUGAAUAAAAGACAAAAGAAAUGCCAUCUUUUUGAAGUUUCCAAUACGUUUUUACUGAAGAAAGCAAUCAAAUAUUAUGUAUUAAAACUGUUAUAUUUAUAUAUAUUGCCAAAUAUAUACACGAGGUGACACCGCAAGCUAAACAAACCAGUAUAAAUUGACCUUGGAAUUUGCGGAAAAGUCAUACAAAGCGAGACCAUGGUAAACUGGAUUUUUAUAGAUCCAUGCAGCAAGCUAAGUAAACCAGUAUAAACUGAUGUGAAACAACAGAUACCCUCAAUUUUAUUAUAACUCUCGUGAGACAUGCUAAAUUCAUUAUUAUAUUAUCGGCUUACUCACGUAACUGUUUGACGAGGUACUCGACUAGUAUCACGCUGCUACAAUCAAGUAGUAUGUCGCGGAAUGCUGCUCAUGAAUAUGAGCCUCUAGCAUGGCUUGAAACUAGUCGAGUUCCUCGUCAAACAGUUACGUGAGUAAGCCGAUAACAUAAUAAUUAAUACACAAUGUUUUACGACGUAACUGUGAGGUUACUCGAGGCGAUGAUUGCUUACCAUCAAGUGUAAAAUAUAAAGAAUAGUUUUAAUACAUGAUAUUGAAUGUUCAACUGAUAUAAAAUGUAGGCUCAGUAAGCGUUUAAUUAAGCAAUAAUUGUGUUAGUGAUAAAAGCUAUUUUAGAAGUAAAUAAUGUGUAUUAAAAUCCCCUUUUUUAUGUUAUUUUCGAAGACUUUACGAUGUUUUCCGUUGAUUUGUAGCUAGUGCACGUAAAAACAGUUUUGUUGUUGGCAUGGGAUUAAAGAGAUCAUCAAAACAUAAUAAUAAUAUGUUAAACGGAAUUCUACCGUUACGUAUUUAUUUUUAUAGUCUUGCAACAUUGCAGUAGUACCAAAAAGACACUCAAAGUCAAAACUACAUAUCGCUCACCUAGUAAUACAUUGGCACAUCUGCAAAAAAUGCGAAAUUGACUUUAUAUGGUUUACGUGUUUAAAAGUGCAUAUUAAUUUAUUUAUUUCCAUAUUCAUCGAGAGAGGUCGUAAGUGUCAUUAUACCAUUAUUGUAGAUUCCCCCUCGCGCACGUAAAACAUCGGUUCAUUGGUCAGUAAAGUAAAAACUAAACAAGUCAGGUAAACUAUGAAAACCGUAAAUGUGCCAAUAUAUUACUAAGUGUGCGAUAUAGUAAAUUUGACAGCUGACAUUAAUGACAGUUCUUAUUUUACCGUUCCCGCCAACUUGAAACUGAAUUGCGUUCAUUAACGACGAAAUUGAAUGUAAAUUUUUGUAAUCGAAACAAAAUUGUUUUAAUUUUUAGUCCAGAAAUUGUAAAUUAGGUGCAAUAUUAUUAAUUAAUUAUAAUUAUUUUAAGGUGUGAAUUCAAAAAGCAAUACUUCGACACAUCAUUAGGUUUUCGUAAGUUUAAGUAAUUACUUAGUUAAUAUUAUUCAUUAAAUUUUAUGUAUGUAUCUAUUUUUAUGUCGAUAUGAGGUAAUGUUAGGAGAUAGUAAACCGGAGCUGCGGACUAUCUAGCGGGUUAACCGGGGCUACGACUCAAAAGCAGAAGAAGGAACGGGGUGGUUUUUAGUCAGUAAGAGUCGAACACUCCCUCUCACCUCGCCCAAGGCGGGAGAAGACAUAGGAUGAUUUGACCCCCAUCAAAAAAAAGAAAAGAAUGGUCUUCUAUUGAUUGUAGCGUGAUGUUAUAUAGCCUAAAGCCUUCCUCGAUGAAUGGAGUAUCCGACACAUAAAUAUUUUUUUAAUUCAAACUAGUAAUGCCGAAAUAAACGUGUUCAAACAAACAAACUUUUAAAAAUACUUCACUUCCAUCCCCAUCAUAUAGAUGGUUGCCAGGGGCCUUAGUCUGCUAUUACAAUUGUGUCAGAAUGGUCGAUCACUGAGCAGUGCGAGAGGGACGGAGUUAUACAACCUACAUAGCUCCGUCCCUCUCUCGCACUGCUCAGUGAUCGACCAUUCUGACACAAUUGUAAUAGCAGACUAAGGCCCCUGGCCACAACUGUGCGCUUCUCACUAAACUUUCUGCCUCGCACAGCAAAACUGUGGAAUGAGCUGUCGUCGGCGGUAUUUCCGAACCGAUACGGCCUUUAAAUCUUCAAGAAAAGAGCAUACUACUUUUUAAAAAGGCUGGCAACACACCUGUCACGCCUCUGGUGUUGCGGGUGUCCAAAGGCGGCGCUGGUCGCUUACCAUCAGAUGCCACAUAUGCUAUAAAAAACUUAAUUUAACUCAACUUUAAAAUACUUAUAAUAAGGGUUCCGUUUUUUUGUCAUUUGACUACGGAACCCUAAAAAAGAACAUCACUAACAUACAUACAUAAGCUCACGCCUGUCUCCCAUGGGGGUAGGCAGAGACAAUGGUACGCCAAUAGGCUAGUUUCCUACUAGUCAAAUUCAAUACUUUUUUCGAAACGUCAAAAACGAUAUUUUCUAUGAACUUUGUAUCAAAUAGUGCGUUAUGACGUCAUAAGUUUUUCACGUCAAAUAGCAGACUUAUUACUAGAAAUUUAGCUAGAAAAAAUCGAAAAUUAAAUAGUUCAUCAAAUUUAUGAAUGAGAGUGUGAUUAUUUUUUAAUAUUUUAUUGUAUUGAAAACUUGUAAUAAUUUAUUUUUGACCGAGGAUACUACCCAAUUGCUACGAAUCUUUUUUUUUUUUUUUUUUAGGGUGGAAAACCAUCCAAUGACUUCUCCCGCCUUGGGCGAGGCGAGAGGGAGUGUCAGACUCUUCAUCAUCAUCAUCAUCAUCAGCCUAUAGCAGUCCACUGCUGGACAUAGGCCUCCCCACUUGUUCGCCACUUUGCUCUAUCACUAGCGACUAAAAACGACGACUCUGGUUUUUAGUCAGACUCUUACUGACUAAAAACCACCCCGUUCCUAUUCCUGCCCGUCGAGCCGGAGCCCCGGUAAACCCGCUAGGUAGUCCGCAGCUCCGGAUUAGGCAUCAGCCCUACUGGGCCCCAUCUGUGGUGGUCUGAUGGCUCUUUGAGGCGCGCGCAGAACGCGACGCGCCGCACGCACGGGUCUGGUUCUGGUCGGGCGGCGAGCUACCCUUGCUCGCCGUCCGCAGACCCGCACUUACGGUGGCCGGAGAUCGUCGCGCGAUCCCCGACGCCCGGAGUGUCUCUCGCGACGGCUGGGGCGUGAGGAGGUUCGUUCUCUCACGCGCCCCGCCUCCUCCUUAGCUAGCAUGACUGCUUCGCAGAAGGAGGAGACGGCAUCCCAGUCCCCCUCGCUCCGCACCAUGGCUUGUAUCAGUGCCGGACGCGAGAGGGCGCCGUCGCCGACCACAUCCCUGAGGACACGGCGGUGCUCAGCCCACGCAGGGCAGACCGCAAGCGUAUGUUCCACCGUGUCCUCCGGGCGGUCUUCGCAGUGAUGACACCCGGGCGUUUCCUCCCGCCCAAUCAGAAACAGGAACCUACCGAAGCUUCCAUGUCCGGUAAGCACCUGCGUCAGGCGGUAGGUGAGGACGCCGUGGCGCCUCUCUAGCCACUCCUCAAA